AUCAUUUUAUUCAUUUUUUGGUUAUGUGCACGAUGAUCACAAAAGCACUCAGUUGGAAUAGAAUAUUGAGUAACUAUUCCAAACAUUUGCUCCAAGUAACUUUAAAAGAUGGUAGAAUACCAGCAAAUAGUGUUGUGCUUACAAAUACGAAUUGGUUGUAUACCCAUGCAAGUCUGUCUUCCAUGACCAAUGUUGCUCGCAAGUUGUCAUACAACAAACCACUACAUACUACUGCUUACUAUUGGCAACAACAACAAGAGAUUCCAUCUUCUUCAAAGUCAGAACAGAUUACGCCAUACCAUCCCGUAUCAGAAAAUUUGGAUAAGAGUACUGAAGACUAUCCUUGGAAGUGGAGAAGCUUUCUUCCAGAACAUACUUACAAACCUAAUUUAAAAGUCGACUUGACGAGACAUCAUGACCCAAUAGACUUUCGAGACAAAGUAGCUCAAAAAGUUGUCAAAUUUUUGAGAGUGUUUGCUGAUGCCUUUUUCAGAAAGAGAUAUGGACAUCGUGCUGUAGUAUUAGAAACUGUAGCUGCUGUUCCUGGAAUGGUUGGAGGAAUGUUGCAACACUUGCAAUCGUUGAGAAGAUUCAAACCUUCUGGAGGCUGGAUAAGAGUGUUGUUAGAAGAAGCUGAAAAUGAAAGAAUGCAUUUGAUGACCUUUAUGGCCAUUGCCAAACCAACGAUUCUAGAAAGAGCCUUGGUUUUAUUGACUCAAGGUGGUUUCUUUGCAUUUUAUGCGUUCAUCUACAUACUUUCUCCCAAAACAGCUCAUCGUAUUGUUGGAUAUUUGGAAGAAGAAGCUAUCAUAUCAUAUACUCAAUACUUGCAAGAGAUUGAUAAAGGAACUCAUGCCAAUAUACCUGCUCCAGAAAUAGCUAUCGAUUAUUGGCAAAUGGAUAAAGGUGCUAGGCUUCGAGAUGUGGUAUUGGCAGUAAGAGCUGAUGAGGCACAUCAUCGUGAUGUCAAUCAUCUUAAAGCCAAUUUGUUGUAUAAAAAGAGAUAUUCGGAACCAGCUCCUGUACAAGCUUUGAGACAUGGAGAUGUGAAUCCAGAAGAAGCAUUUCGAGAAGAAAAUAGGUCUACCUAAGAUGGAUUGGAAUCAUAGUCAUGCGUGUCUUUGUAUAGAGAAGUUGAUAUGUAUCGUAAUAUCUCAUUUUGGAAUAGUAUCGAGUAUGUGUGAAAGAUAAAAAAGUAGUUGUUGAU